UUUUUAAAAAAAUUAUAAUUAAUUUUUAAUAAUUAUUGGAUCCACAAUGCCACUUGUCAGCUUCCAAUUAGCUCGUUUUGUCAUGUCAUCGCAUGUGUGCAACACACACGUUGAGCUUUUUGCUGAUAGGGAAAAAAAUGUCCAAUUGGAACAAAAUUCAGGGGGUUUAAGGGUCUGAUAGGAAUAGGCCUUAGUUGAGGGAUCUAAGUGAAUUUUCGUAACAAGUUUGAGUGUCUGUCGAUGACUUUGACCAAUAUAAUAAGUUAACGUUAUUUUUCCAAAUAAAUACACCUUAGUGUCAAUGACCCCUCAUAUUUGUGGAAUGAUGGCCCAAUGGGCUUAAUAUGUCUGAAGAUGCUUGGCCCAUUACAAGCCCAUAAACUGUCUCCGUAACCUAUAAAUACGAGACAAUCCUAGUACAAGUGGGAGUUGAACAUGUAGUUCCUUAAACUCUCCCUUUACGAUUAUUAAUGUUUGUGUCCUUUAUUUUCCAUUGGCGCUUCUUUUUUUCCCCACAAAAUUGAUCUUUAUCGAAACAGUUGAAGAUUAAUUUAACAAUCCCUACGUUUACUUCAACGAAUUGCACUCUGUUAGGGGCUUUUUCAGGGAAUUGCAAUCGAGUUCAUGUGUUUUAGGGUUAAGGGAUUAUAAUUUUGCCGCAUUGAACCCAAAGUUGAUGAAGAAAUUGUUUAAUUGCCUCUGUUUUUGGUUCUGUAUUGAUUGAAGAAAAUAUAUAGAUGGCUGUGAAACGCAAAACAAACAAGAAGGAGAUUGACGAAGAAAUUGAUAGGGAAAAUUGGAUUAUUACAUCAAAGAAACAGAGAAUCGAUGAAGUUUUCGGGGUUCCUCCGCUUAGAGGUUUCCAAGAUUUUAGCUUUCAAUUUAAGGGAUUGCCAAAUUUCUUGCCCCAAGUUGAAGAUUACUUUUUUUCUGCUUAUAAAGACCGGGUACCAAGUCCGAGAUCCCAUCUCUUUCCCGAGGUGUCAGUUAAAUUGAGGAAAUUCGAUAUAUCUUGCUUGGCGUGUAAGAAAUUUUCAAGGUAUCUCGAUGAUAAUUCGUUGUGCCCUGACUGUGGAGUAAAGUCUGAUAGUAUUGUUGUAAUUUGCAAUGGGGUGGAAGGGAUUUAUUUUCCAGGACUUCAUAUGGUUCAGUGCAAGUGUGGUUCUUGUAGUUUUAAGAAGCACAAAGUUGGUGAAUGGGAACGGCAUGCUGGUUCCAGGGCGAAAAAGUGGAAGGCGAGUAUUAGGGUGAAGGUGACUAUGCAGCCACUUGGGGAAUGGGUUGCAAAUAAUGGUGCUCAAGGAAUUAUUCCUUUGAAAUUAGAUAGCCAGCACUUGAUGUCACUCUUGCAAGAAAAUUACAAACCUGUUAAUGCAAAGUGGACCUCAGAACGUUGCGCUAUUUGUAGAUGGAUCGAAGAUUGGGACUUUAAUAAGAUUAUCAUAUGCAAUAGCUGCCAGAUAGCUGUUCAUCAAGAAUGUUAUGGCGUUAAUGGGGUUCAAGAUUUUGCUUCUUGGGUUUGUCGGGCUUGUGAAACUCCAGAUGUUGACAGGGAAUGUUGCCUCUGCCCUGUCAAAGGGGGUGCGUUGAAACCUACUGAUGUCGAUCCUUUUUGGGUUCACGUCACUUGUGCUUGGUUUAGACCUGAAAUUGCUUUUGUUAAUCAUGAGAAGAUGGAGCCUGCCAUAGGACUUUUUGCAAUUCCACCGGUAUCUUUUCAUCAAGAGUGCAGCAUAUGCCAGCAGACUCAUGGGUCUUGCAUACAAUGCUGCAAAUGCACAUCGUCUUUUCACACCAUGUGUGCUUUUCGAGCUGGAUGCUACAUGGAAAUGCAUUGCUCAGAGACGAACGGAACACAAACGACUAAAUGGCUAUCCUAUUGUGCAUCUCAUAAAGCCCCAAGUGAGGACAACAUUUUAGUCAUGCGAACUCCUAAUGGAGUUUACUCUAACCAAAAUUUGCUUCAAAGAAGAAAUGGAGGCCGAGUCUUGAAAAGUUUGAGGCUCAUGCCUUGUGAGGCAUCAUUGGCUGAAACUAAUGAAUCAGAUUCCUUCUCUGCAGCUAGAUGUCGAGUCUUCAAACCAUCAACGAACAAGAAAGUUAAAUCUGAACCAAUAGUCCACAGGCUUACAAUGCCUCACCUUCACUCACUAACAGCCAUACAGAGUAUAAGAGCAAAACAAUAUCAAGAAGAAAGGACUUUUUCAACAUUGAGAGAGAGAUUGCAUCAUUUGAGUAGAACUAUAAACCACCGGAUUUGUUUUGGAAAAUCCGGUAUACAUGGAUGGGGUCUCUUUGCAAAGAGAAAGCUUCAAGAAGGAGAAAUGGUAGCUGAAUAUGUUGGUGAGAGGAUUAGGGGCAGUGUCGCUGACCUUAGAGAACAUCGAUAUAGGUCUCAAGGCAAGCACUGUUACUUCUUCAGGAUAAAUGAUGAAGUAGUGAUUGAUGCAACCAUGAAAGGAAACAUUGCAAGACUAAUCAACCACUCAUGCAUGCCAAAUUGCUUUGCAAGGAUCAUGAGUCUUGGAGAAGACGAGGAUCGGAUUAUUCUUAUAGCUAAAAAGGAUGUUUCAGCGGAGGAUGAGUUAACGUUCGAUUACAGGUUUGAGGCUGAUCAGAAUGAUGAGCUUAAAGUCCCCUGUCUUUGUGGAGUUCCCAACUGUAGGAAAUUCAUGAAUUAGAAUAGCACAGACACAGAUUAUUGACUCUCACUUCCUAACUGUUGAGGAUUGUGGGGAUAUUUUCAUCUUCACCCACAAUAAAUUUAUUGUUAAUUGUUAAUUUGAUUCUUUUGUUUAUGCUUGACAUGCACAUAUCUAUAUAACUUCAUUACUGUUUCAGGCAGGAAAGAAUUUGCAGUUAUUGUAACUUUUUAUCGUUUCCGGGGACAUGUAUGCACAGUAAGAGCCAUGAGGGAUACACGAAAACAACUAAUCCAUAGUAACUUUAAUUUUCCUCUAAUAAACUAUGAUAUACAGUAAUAAAUUAAAGAAUGGCUGAAUAUAUAUGCGGCCCCUUAAAUUUGCCCAGUUAUUUUAUUUAGACAUCUAAAGAGUAACAAAAUAAAAGAACAAUCUUUUCCUCUCUAUCACUUGACUAAAAUGACUUGUUUCUCUAAUUUCCACCCACCUAACAUUUAUGAAACUUGGCCAGCCUCCAUUUUCGACUACAAUAG